CGGUGAUGCUCGACGCCGAGGACAACCUGGGACGCUGCGCCCACUGCCACCACGUGUUCUGCGCCAUCUGCCAGAACGCCUCGCACGGCACCAACCCGUGCUCGAUCAAGAGCGGCGAACGGAUGGAGCUGGUGCGGCAGUACCAGGCGGCGUCCAGCGCCGACCGCUCCGUGCUGGAGCGCAGGUUCGGCCGGCGCCAGCUGCAGCGGCUGGUGGAGGAGGUGGAGUCCAUGAGCUGGAUGUCGGACAACAGCGAGCGCUGUCCGCGCUGUCGCACGCCCAUCGAGAAAAUCGACGGCUGCAACAAGAUGUCGUGCACCAAGUGCGGCACGCUCUUCUGCUGGUUGUGCAACGCCAAGCUGCCACGCGAAAACCCAUACACGCACUUUAACGUGCCGGGCACGCCAUGCUUCAACAACCUGUUCGCCGGCGUGGAGAACGAACCUCUGGACGUCGAGCUGGACGAGGACGAGGACGAGUACGACAUCGGUUUCUUCCUGGACUGA